GAGGAAGUGGAGCAGAGGCUGGAGGGGAGGGCCAGGCAUGAAGAAAGGAAUGAGCCAUGCUUGAAAUGAUCUCUGGACUGGAAGAGAGUCCAGGGCCUGCCAAGUACCUGAGGCCCUCCUGUGUGGGUUACCUAGGCCAUGACAGCUCCAUGUUCCAGGAGCCAGCCUGCACUCUGCACACUCGGCCCUGGGAGAAGCGGAUCAUGGACAUAUGCAACCCUGGGCCUCGCUACUUCUUGGAUCCUAAAAUAACUCGGUUUGGAAUGUCCAGCUGCCCUCAGGUCCCCAUGGAGGAGCGCAUCUCUAACCUGCGCCUGAGCUCCACUCCAGCUUCUUGCCACUACUACUUGGAGAAGACCCGCAUUCCUGGGGAAUGCAGGGCUCCCCAGUACACUUUUGGCUACCGGUGCCCAUACAGAGUGAUGGAUCCCAAUCCGGCUCCCAACCAGUACAAGCUGCCACUCUUACUGGGGCCCAACAUCCCUGUCAACCGAGCUGCUCCUUGCUACAGUUUGGCCUCUGCAGACAAGAACUGGUUCUACAAAGAGAAUGUGGCAGGAGGCCCUGGGCCGGCUAUGCAUGCUCGACCUGAGCCAUCUGUCUACCAGAACCGUAGCCCUGUCUACAGUAUGGCCAAGCGCUUCGCCUAUCCAGUGGACCAUGGACCUCGGCCUGGUCCGGGCUCCCAUCACAUUGAGCAGGUCACAGUGCACAAGCCCCGCACACCUGCUUUCACCAUGGGUGUCAAACACUCACCCCACCUGUGCCCGCUGGUCAUUGACAUUCACGACUGAGGCCCCUCCUUCCCCACAGAGGAUAAUUUUCUAUUCCAAAUUGAGCAACUUACCAAUGUUUUAAGUA